AUGGAGAGGGAAAGGGAGAGGGAAGGGGCAGCAGCGUCGUUGUGGCGCUGUUGCGAAGGGGGAGGGGAGGGGAGGGGAAGGGAAGGGAUGGAGAGGGAGGGAGAAGGGGCUGUCGUUCAGAAGCGUCGCUGUUCAGCAGCAGCGACGCUGCUGCGAUCGCAACAGAGGGAGGGGGGAGGGAGGCGGCGUAGUGGGAUAGGUGACGGCGGCAGCGGCGUGGUGGGAGAAAUCAUGUCGCGUGCAAUUCAUUUCAUCUCCAAUACGAUUCCAGGAUAUGGGCCACAGGAGGGAUGUCUCCCUUGCUCGGGAGUUUCAGGAGGAGCAGUGUCGGCUUGCACUACUCGUGGUGACCACCACAAAGUCAUUUCUGAUGUGAAGUUUUUUUCCUUGACAUGUGCCUCUAGGGGCAGGCCUUCUGCAUGCAAUGCAAGUUCUGGCAAGUAUAGAAGAAACCCAGAUUUUCCAAAGCAAAACAAAAGUGGGUUCUCCCGCAGCUGGAACAGGUACAAUGAAGAGAGAGAAGGUUAUGAGAACCUUGAAGAAUCUGAAAUUAUUUCUUCAAAAAAUGGGCCAUUACUUUCAGUCUCCGAAAACCCGAAAUUUCAAGUGACUUCAACUCCAGGUCCUAGGGAAAAGGAAAUUGUUGAAUUAUUCCGAAAGGUCCAGGCUCGUCUUCGUGAAAGAACAGCAGUCAAGGAAGAGAAGAAAAUUGAGGAUUCAACAGGAAAAAGCAAAGAGAGUGAGACUGUUGAUACUCUUCUCAAGCUUUUAAGGAAACACACAGUUCAGCAGGGCAAGAAAAACAGCAACAGUGCCAGCAGUAGGGACUUUGUCCUUGACCAGCCCGAGCAGGUAGGUCCAUUUUCUGAAGACAGAAGCACAAGUUUUUUAGACUCUAAUAAUAGUGUGAAGCAAGAGAUGCAAGAAAGCCAAAGACCACAUGUUAGCAGGCCAGCAUCUAACUUCCGUAAAAGGUCUCCAGUCCCCCAAGUCAAAUUUCAGCCGGUUUACUCAGACGAGGGCCCUAUUAAUUCCGUCUCACGUGGCAAUGGGAAAAGCAAGGAGAUGGAAACUAAUACUGAACCUGAUGUGGAGCCAAUUUUUUCAGAAGGGGGCGUGUUUGAUCAGAUGUCGGAAGACGAAACUUCUGUAAUUUUUGAAAGUGACAAUGAUGAAGAAUCGGAAGAAGAGAACCCGAUCAUUACCAAUUUAAGUGGAAUGAAGCUGUCCGAGUUGAGAGGUAUUGCAAAAUCUCGUGGUUUGAAAGGAUUCUCAAAGAUUAAAAAACAAGAGCUCGUUGAGUUGCUAAGCGGAAGCUCAAUCUGA